CUAGCGUGACGUCACUAACGUCGCUAGGGGGCGGUGCUUUCCGAGCGUCCUCGUCCUCGUGCGCUGUGGAAGGAGGCUGUGGAGAGCACAGCCGCGGCGUUGGUGGCUGCAGCUGAGGCUUCAGCCAGAGAUUUAAAAAUGGACAAUGACGAUUUUCUUUCCAUGGACUUUAAAGAAGUUACUGAACACCUGGUUACAAAUGAUAAUUCACCUAACAUACCAGAGGCAAUUGAUAGACUCUUCAACGACAUAGCAAAUAUCAACAGGGAGUCUAUGGCUGAAAUGUCAGACACUCAGGUGGAAGAAAUAGCAGUAAACCUAUGGAACUGGGCACUUACCAAGAGAGGAGGUUUUCAUAUAAAUGAAGAGCAGAAAACUAAAAUACAUUAUGUUGCCUGCAAGUUGCUGAGUAUGUGUGAAACCUCAUUUGCCUCAGAACAAGGUAUUCAACGACUGAUUAUGAUGAAUUUGAAAAUAGGAAAAGGGUGGUUGGAUGUUGGAAAUUUUCUAAUUGCUGAUGAAUGUUUUCAAGCUGCUGAGGUGAAUCUGGAGCAAUUAUACAUGAAAUUAAUUCAGAGGAGCUCCCCUGAGACUGAGUUGACCGUGGAGAAGAUGGCUGUUGAGAAAGACCACUUCAGAGUGCUUUCUUACCAAGCAGAGUCAGCAGUUUUUCAAGGGGAUUUUCAAAGAGCAUCUAUGUGUGUACUGCAAUGUAAAGAUAUGUUGGUGAGGCUCCCUGAAAUGGUUUCAUAUCUUCAUGAACUCUGUUACAAGUUUGGAGCAGAAACCCAGAAGAAUAAUAAAUAUGAAGAAAGUUCUUUCUGGCUUAGCCAAAGCUAUGAUAUUGGGAAGAUGGAUAAGGAUUCUACUGAUCCAGAAACACUGGCUCAAGUUUUAAGGUUAUUAGCCACCAAUUAUUUGGAUUGGGAUGAUGCCAAAUAUUAUGAUAAGGCUCUGAAUGCUAUAAACCUAGCAAACAAGGAACAUUUAAAUUCUACUGGGCUUUUCUUAAAAAUGAAAAUCCUCUUGAGAGGCGAAACAUCUAAUGAAGAACUCCUUGACGCUGUCAUGGAAAUACUACAUCUUGACGUGCCCUUAGACUUCUGUCUGAACAUUGCUAAACUGCUGAUGGAUCAUGAAAGAGUAUCUGUUGGGUUUCAUUUCCUGGAUGUUAUUUGUGAACGUUGUAACUCAUCAGAAAAUAUUGGAAAAGCUCACGUAUUCUACGUUGACAUGCUUUUACAAAGGAAGGAAGAACUGCUUGCCAAGGAGAAGAUUGAAGAAAUCAUUUUAGCUCACCAAACAGGAAGACAACUGACAGCAGAAUUAACAAUCUGGUUACACAACAUUCUGUGGAGAAAAGCUGCCAGUAGUUUUGAGGUACAAAAUUACGCUGAUGCCCUACACUGGUACAAUUAUUCUCUGAGGUUUUACUCACCUAAUGAAAUGGAUGUGGACUUCGCCAAGCUGCAGAGGAACAUGGCUUGCUGUUACCUGAAUUUGCAACAACUUGAUAAGGCCAAAGAGGCAGUGGCAGAAGCUGAACGACAUGAUCCUAGAAACAUUUUCACUCAAUUUUAUGUAUUCAAGAUUGCAGUCAUAGAGGGUGACUCUGAAAGAGCUUUACAGGCAAUAAUUGCUUUAGAGUAUGUAUUAACAGAUGAAGAAUCAGAAGAUAAUGAUGUAAUUGCAGAGAGAGGUUCAUCUAUCAUGCUUCUAAGUUUAGCUGCCCAGUUUGCUCUAGAGAAUGGACAACAAAUUGUGGCAGAAAAAGCUUUGGAAUAUUUGGCUCAACGUUCAGAAGACCAAGAACAAGUUAUUAUAGCCGCAAAAUGUUUGAUUCAUCUUGUUUUUCCAAAAAUUGCUGAAAUGCCGGAAUCUGAAGAUAAAAUGAAAGAAAUGGAUCGACUUUUGACUUGCCUGAAUAGAGCCUUUGUGAAACUUUCUCAGCCUAAUGGUGAAGAAGCCUUCAGUUUGGAGUCAAGAGCUAAUGAAGCUCAGUGGUUUCGAAAAAUGGCUUGGAACUUGGCUGUGCAAUCUGACAAAGAUCCAGUGAUAAUGAGAGAGUUUUUCAUACUUUCUUAUAAGAUGUCCCAGCUUUGUCCUUCCGAUAAAGUAAUUCUGAUUGCACGGAAAACAUGUUUACUUAUGGCAGUUGCAGUUGAUCUAGAGCAAGGGAGAAAAGCUUCAACAACUUUUGAACAGACCACAUUCCUGAAUCGUGCACUUGAGGAGAUCCACAAAUGCAAUGAGAUCUGGAAUUUGCUGAAACAAACAGAGGACUUCUCAAAUGAUUCAUGUGAGAAAUUGCUUCUGCUGUAUGAGUUUGAAGUUAGAGCCAAAUUGAAUGAUCCAUCACUGGAAAGCUUCCUGGAACCAGCGUGGGAGCUGCCUCAUUUAGAAUGUAAAACAUUUGAAACAAUUGCAGUAAUAGCAAUGGAAACACCUGCACACUACCCUUCCAUUGCUAUCAAAGCCUUGAAAAAGGCUUUAUUGCUCUACAAAAAGGAAGAAUCAGUUGAUAUUUCACAAUACAGCAAAUGUAUGCACAACUUGAUUAACCUCUCAGUGCCAGAUGGGGCAUCAAGUGUAGAGCUCUGUCCCCUGGAAGAAGUUUGGGGCUUUUUUGAAGAUGCUCUGAGCCACAUUAGCCGCACCAAAGACUACCCAGAAGUGGAGAUUCUCUGGCUGAUGAUCAAGUCCUGGAAUACUGGAAUACUUAUGUUUAGCAAGAGCAAGUAUGUAUCUGCUGAAAAGUGGUGUGGACUGGCCUUGCGUUUUCUUGACCACCUUACCUCCUUCAAGGGAAACUAUGAAACUCAGAUGAAUAUGCUAUAUAGUCAGCUUGUGGAGGCACUGAAUAGCAACAAGCCCAGGUUUCAUGAACAUGGCUACUGGAGCAAGACAGAUUAGGCGAGCUCACAGCCACAUGAAGUAUAUUGUUCUGAGAUGCUGACUAUUUAAAUUUUUGCCAGAGUUUCUCUUGACUUUUGUUUCUGUUUUCUCAGACCCUGUUUGCAUGUUGUUGAAUAAGUUUAAAUGAAGCAUACUGAAUU